AUGCUGAUCGAUAUACUCAAUCCGCAUCCUUCGAACCUUCCAUUCGAGUUAGUCUAUCGAUUACUUCCUUUCCGAGAGCACUUAAGUCCAAAUCUGUACAAUUUACUCGAUCAAUGUCUACUCGUGUGUCCACUUCUAUUGAUAACAGACGAUCAACGACCACAAUAUCUCCUGAAAUGUCCAUUAGGACACGUGAUCUACUCGAAAAUUUCUAAUUUUUUUCUGCUGGUUGUCACCGACGACAGUCGAAUGUUUCAGUUUCAGAAUCAUUUUCGAACAAUAUACAACCAGUCCGAAAUCACCUAUAUGAAGAAAGACUUGAAAGAAAAGAUUAUCUCGGCUUUGUAUUACAGCGAGUGUCUAUGCUGUUUAACAUCAAGUUCGGAAAUGAUCGUAAAGAAUGUCUCGACCAAACAGACAACGAUGCAAAUCCCGUGUCAUCGAUUGAUUUCAUUUAUUAAGAAGGAUAUCAUUCUGAUUAUUUCAUCAUCGCAGCACACUUUACAGAUUUGGAACUGUGCCGAGAAUAAUUUAAUAUCUGAAUAUGAUUGUGGCGACGACAUCAUCGAGGAUUAUUUUCUGAAGAAAAACGAUUUGAAACUGACGUUCAAAUCAAGCUCAAAGAUGUCUUAUUUUACAAUCAAUAAGAAUUGUCAACUCGAAUUCAUUCGAACGGUUCACCGAGACAAGAAUUCUUACCAACAUUGCAUCCUCCUUGACUUACACAUCGAAUUUUUCUAUUCACUCGACAGCUCCAAAAUUUUAUUAACUAUACAUCGCGAAACUAAUCCAAUCGAAGUUCACAACGAUAUCGAUUUUCAUUCGUUACCCGACUCGGUCGUCCAUCUUCCGAAUAGCAAUUCGAUUGGCUGGUUGACACCCUCAUCAGUGAUGAUACUCAACCCAUUGUGUAAAGAGAAAAUUUUUCAGCCAUUUUGUUUGACAUCUUCGAGUGAAUAUGAUUUGAUUCAUGAUAAUUACAAUUCACAUGCGUUUAGUGGCGGUUUAGGAAAUCUUAUAGCUUGUAUUAACAGAAAUAAAAGUAUCGUGGAUAUUUAUGAAUGGCUUUAUGACAAAAAACAACAGAAACAUGUAUCUUAUCUUCUCAGUCAUGUUCAAUUGGAUAUUUACAUCGAUCAUUGCGUUUUCGAAGCGGAGAAUCCCGAAGGUAUAACACUGUAUUGUUCAGAUGGAAAGGAUUUGUACAAAUACAGUGCGACGAUGUUAUCUUGUCUCGUGGGUUUGAAAACUCUCGUUUCAUCAGAAGUAAUUCGUCAACGGCCAAGAAUACACUUAGAUCGAUUUCUAACUUACACAGAUAACGAUCAAGAUUUGAAGAUCUGCACGUUGAAUGAAAUGAAUAAACUUGAUUUACAUCUAUCGAUUCCAUCGGUGAAACAAUGCUAUUUUACGAAAUCUUCAUCGCACGCGUUAGUUAUUGAUCGGAAGAAUCUUCUAGCGAUCUAUUCGAUGGAAACAAAGAAAUUAACUUGGACAACAAAUGAAUUUCAACAUCGAAAUAUUCAGAUCCAUUCACUCCAAUCGUCAUUCGUUCUAUUCUGUUCGCAAACUAAACAAGUCUUUCAAAUCGAUACGAAAGCGUUUCAAAUCAAAAUUCUCAUUCAACUAGCGAUGGACUGUUCGACAAGUACAUUAAGCGAAUCCGACGAUCGGUUAUUCAUUCUAUCGAAAGAUCAAACUCAUCUCUUCGAGUACAAUCUCGUCAAUUCAACAUUGAAAAUUCGCUCAUCAACCAUACGAUUAAAUUCAAGUAAAGUUCUGCAAAUGUAUUCAUUCCAGGAGCAUCUCGUCUUUCAUAAUACCGAUAAUCAAAUCUUUAUUUGGCACAAAGAGAACGACAAAUUCACACAACUGGAUGAUGCUUAUCAAUUAAUCAUAAAAGAUAAUUUACUUGUUUAUGAUUCGAUAGAUCGUCCAGUGAUAAUUAUAUACAAUUUAGUAACAAAAUCACGCAAAGUUGUUCAAUUGGAUGACGCUACUGGUGCGUGUGAAACGUUCUGUCUAAGUAACGCUAAUCCAAGUGAUAGUGAUGAACAGUAUUUAUUUGUGAUCUGUUCGGAUCGAUUGUUACGAAUGUAUCGAGUUUCAAAUGGUGAACAAAUGGCGAAAUUAUUCAUUGAGAAGGAGUUGUAUCCAUUUGUGGGGAUAUUAAAUGAUCGAUUGUUACUGAAAAUCGACGAGCGUUUAUGUAUCGUCAAAAUUAUCGAUCGAAACUCGCUUUCUGAAAAAUCAUGGGAUGUGAAGCACUCGUUAUUCAAUAGCGAAUAUUGGCUAAAAUGUCACGAUAUUCAUUUCGCUUAA